UUACUUUGCGGAUAUGGCUUCGUCGUGUUCUUGCGCUGUCGAAGCGCUCUGUGGAGCGAUUCUUCACCAGCGAUUCUUCCGUGCGCCGAUCAAUGCGUCUCCCUCCGGCGCCGAUCACGGGCAGCGAUUCAAGCUGGUAAAUCUCAGGAAUGCGGUGCUAGGGAUGCGAGAAUGCGAAAUCCAGGCUGAGUGCCAGGGAUUUCGAGCCGCUAGGGCGAGUGUGGCAGCUGUAGCCGCCAUCGCUUUGCUCUUUCCUGUCGAUCCAGCCCUCGCAUUCAAGGGCGGUGGUCCGUAUGGUUCCGAGGUCACGAGAGGGCAGGAUCUCUCUGGAAAGGAUUUUAGUGGCCGGGAUCUCACUAAACAAGACUUCAAAACGUCGAUUCUACGCCAGGCCAACUUCAAAGGAGCAAAACUAUUCGGAGCUAGCUUCUUCGAUGCAAAUCUUACGGGGGCCGAUUUUUCUGACGCAGAUCUUCGUGGAGCAGACUUGUCCUUGGCCGAUGCGACGAAGGCCAAUUUCACAAACGCCAACCUUGAAGGGGCUCUUGUCACAGGCAACACCUCUUUGAAGGGUGCAAACAUAACUGGAGCGGAUUUUACGGAUGUCUUGUGGAGAGAAGACCAGCGGAGUUAUCUGUGCAGAAUAGCAGAUGGGAUCAACCCUGUCACAAGCAAUUCCACAAGGGAGACGCUGCUCUGCGAUUAAGUAAACUUUCUAGUAGAGUUUUGAGCUUUAUACCAGCUAAUAAUGCUGGUGAGCAUUCAAUAAAUGAUUGAAACAUUUUGAAAAGAUA